UUUAAGUGAAUGAUCAGUAACAUGUCAGUAAUGCUUUAUACAAAUACAUCGAAAGUUUAUGUAUCGCAAGACGGUAACUGAUGAAGUGGACCAUUAAUUGGAGGAGGUCUCCGACCUACCUGUUAAGAUGAAACGUUGGCUUUUGUGACUUUCAGUAGUGGUUAGAAGCUGAAUCACCUGUAAGGCAGACGGUGUGUUUUGUGUUAUAUUGACUGUGGGGACUCGAGGAUGGCGCACUCCCCGGAAGAUAUACAGAACAAUAAUUUCCAGGUUGAGCCUAACCCUGUGACAACCUCACCCCCGACCACCGCCAUCAACAUCAAUGAGCCAGUCACAUCCACGUCAUCAUUUACCAGUGCCUCUCUCCUGGCACAAAUAGUUGCAAGGAAUUUGGACAACUUGACAGAUGACACCGCGCCGUCUAGUUUAAACAGUAUUAUAUAUAACGAUGAAUAUCUGGAGGACCCGCUGCCUGACCUGACCCUUGAAAAUCUUCGAAUUCCUGAGGAGUAUGGCGACCCUUCUCUCGGAUACGAAUUUGUUAAUAAUGUUGAAUCCGAUUUUCGCCUUGAUAAUUCGGAAGCACUAUUGAGACAUCUAGAAGUGCUAGGUGUUAGAGUCAAUGAGGAUUAUUUCUCAUUAGACUUUGAUCUGACCACCUCUCGCAGCGCAAGUGUCAGUAGUGUUUCUGACACGGGAAGUGCUGAAGACCACGAACUUGUCUCCCAGGGUCACACUGACGCCACAACACCCCGAUUACGCAGAACGUCGCCAGGUCACUCCCGCCAGAAAGAGCAUAUCGGUUCGGAAAAGUUAUCCCGAUUACCAGAGGACGAAGACGAAGUGUUUUUGGAGAUAGAAGACUUAGAUCACGAGGUAGCCGAGGCAGAGAUCUUACCGUCUGGAGGUGUUAAGGUGACUUAUGAAAACUACAAGAAAGAAUACCGAUCCAGGAUCAGUCCUCACCAUAACUUCUUGAAGUUCUUAGAAACCGUACAUAGCGGGGUAGCAACAGACGAUACAGAGAGUGUGAGGCCGGAGGCUGCUGCAGCUCCUCUCACCGUGGAGGGAAGGUACAGGCGAGUUCUCCUUGCAUUCCAAAGAGGAGUCAGACGAUCUGAUCUCCGAGUACGAAACCUGUCAGCCAUACCCAGCAAGUAUGCUCAAAAACUACGGAGGUUCUUAGCAGAGGAAAUAACCUACGAUACUGUGACUCCAGACAGUGGCGUCCACGACACCUUCAAUGCCUUAUCGCCAGAAGAGCAGGAAAAGCAGCGAGAAGAAUGGAAGGCUGAGCUCACCAAGACUGAGGAGGAAAUUCAGACCCUCCGACAGGUGUUGGGCUCAAAAGUGAAGCUUGCACAAGAUCUCAAGCGAAGACUAGGAAUCACUGUCUGGCGCGAGUUUACUGAGGACUUCAAUAAUUCCAUGAAAACCGUUCGUGAAUCUCAAACCACUCAAUAUGUCCAAAGUUUACCUGUAGUGCAGAAAGCUAAUGAAGUCAUCACUGAAAUACAUGAGGCUGUUUCAUCUGCACCACUGUAUAGGAGGAUGUCUGGAGCAUUUUCGGAUCUAGGAGAUGCCAUAUAUCAACAACCAGUGUAUCAAAAGACGGCCGGGGCCAUGAGUGCCGUUGGAGAAAAGACGUCUUCACUCUUUGGUGGCAUUGGCGCCAAGUUCGGCCAGCUCAAAGAGACUCCCACAUUCAAGUCUUUUGAGGAACGUGUAGGAGGUGUAUAUUCUGCCGCCAGGACUCGUAUGGGAGGUUCUGGAUCCAACUCAACGCAGGACUUUGAGGAGGCUCUGAAGGAAGCUGAAGGAGAGAAGGCAGCAUUAGAAGCAGCAAAUGGUGGCACCGUGCAAACUUCCACCACACCUGGAACUGAUGUCAGCCAGCCGGCUGCAUCCUAAACCACUUACCCCUACUGCCACCUCCACUACCACCUGCACUCUGCCACCCACUGCACUCCAUCACCACAAAAACUAGAGUCGAUAACAUUUUCUAGCUACAGUGGCUCCCAUAGUCCUUUGGUAGUCUUCAUCAUUCUCUGAUAUAUAUUUUCAUUUUAAAAUAGUUUUAUGAAAUUUAAAGCUAGUGGAUUUUGUGGGUUUUAUGAUAUAUUUUUACUAGAAAUGACUGUCUGAUUUUGGGUGUCCACAUGGCAGCAGUUAUAGUCUGCUCUAGCUUCCACUCAUGGGACAUUAUGUCUGAUUGUAGACAAGACUUUAGGUCACCCAUUGAACAAAGCUUUGAGAGGUUAGGACACAAUUAUUUUCAAAGAACCAAGCUUUCUGAUAAUAGGACAUAAUUAAUUUAUUCUUAAGCAUUGUAUACUGAAUAUUCAUAGUCAAUAUUGCCUGUUGGGUGUUUUCAGAUGACAUUUAAUGCAUACUAACCAGCUGCAGAGUUGUGGUUUCAUGAGAUAUAUUAUGUUGAUCUUAACAGAUAUUUAGUUGAUCCUUGUAGCAUCUACUUUUAUCCAUUUAUGUAUAAUACUGCAGUAUAUGUGGAUACUGUAGUCUCCUUAAAGAAAAUGUAACUUCAAGAAGAUUCUAGAGUAAAUACUUUUUAUUUGCAUAAGGAACUAAAACUCUGUCUAGUUUUUGGUUUUUCAGAUAUAGAGUUGUCAUUCUUGUAUUUAAGCAUGUUUGUGUUGAGUAUCUGAGAAUUUGAGGGUAAAUAUAUAUUAUGGUGCAUUAUGUGAGUGAUUAAAGGUGUAGGUGGCUUAGGUAUUAAUUAUUUAUAGGCUGCCUUGUUAUAAUACUAUGUCAGAGUGAAAAAUUUUAAAUCAAGGUAAAACCAUCUAAGUUAUUUGCUAUUGAGGAAAAAAGGCUUCUUAUAAGUUAAGCAGAUGAGUUGGCAUUAGAAUGUUGUAUGUUGUUAUUCAUAUCAUAGAAAUAUUGAUACAAGUAUAAAUGUUGAAGGAGAUGUGAGGAUCAUGGAUAUGCCCCUGUAAUCUCCAGUGAUGAUAAUUAUUGGGUGGUGUGAAUAUUAUAUUGUAGGUACUACUUUUCAAUGAACUCAAUUAUUUGAAUUUUAUAGUGGGAUAUAGAUGAAUUAUAUUCUUUAUACUUUAAUAUGUUUUAAUCUUAAAAAAUUUCCAAGGUUUUAAGUUUUGUCAGUGUGUUGAUCUGUAUAUGAAAUAUUAGGUGAAUGAUCUGCUACUUUAGGUUUAAGUGUCAUGCAUCAGUCUGGAGAUGGGGUGAUCCUUCCUCUUGUGGCUUGGUUAAACAAUACAUAAUUAUCAACUUUUUUGUCUACUCUAGUGCAAAAUAAAAUGUUAAUAAUAAACUCUGAAAUACAAUGCUUUCGUGUAUGACUAUGGUGGAAUGCUGUAUAAUCCUUCCAGUGUAUAUAGAGGAUGUAAAAGGCUACUCCUGAUCCUACACUGAGUGCACUGUUAGGUAAUUUACUAGAUAUUCUUUCCUAAGUAGACAUCAAAGUUGAAUUUUCUUAUUGUUUUACCAUACAAUGAGGUGUUCCCAGGGAGUUCUUUUGGAAUAUCUUUGUAGAUGAAUACCCUAAAUGAGUAACCCUCAUCAGUAUAACUCUGUGACAUUCCCAUGAUAGACUGUAGCCAGGACUCCAGGUCUGCAUGAAGAUUACCAUGUAGAAGGAUGAUGAUUAUGUGUUUGCCUUCAUUUUGGUCUUAUCACAUAUGCAAAGUAAAUGAUAAGUAUUUUCUUUACAAGCUAAUAGAACAAAAUAUUUUUGUCCAGUUAUAAUGCAAGAAACUUAAUUCAUAGUUGAUUUCUGAUAGAAAUUGAAUAAAUGUUUGGGUAUGUUUAGGUAUUUGGCAAUAAUUUUUCUAUUACAGUAUGAGUAAGAGUGUAUUAUGAUGAUUACAGGUGCACUUAAUAAUCAUACUGGUUGUAUAACUUGCCUAUGAUAAGUAUGUAUAUAAAUUUAAGUGAUCAUGUGGGCCUGGAGUUGCCAUGCCCUGUAUUGCUUGUGGAUGUAGGGGAACAAGAGAUGGUUGUUGUUUUUGCUGUUGUAUUCCAGUUAUUUGAAAUGUAGUUAAACACUAAAUUUUCUUGUUUUCUUCACAUACCCUUUUCCUAUUAAUAAAGCAAAACAAGACCAUGCCCAAAGAUUGAAAGUAAACGGGUAAAGGAAAUUAUUGACAAAAACCAAGAAUGAAAAGGCUGCUGGUAGCUGUGGUAUAGUAGGAGAAAUGUUGAAAGCAUUAGAUAAUGGUGGCAUGAUGUUGGUGACUGAAUUGGGGAAUGUAAUUACAGUUAAGUACAGUAUCUGUUAAUCGAAAAGUUUGGGACCAAGAAGUUCCAUAAAAUGGUAAAAUGGAUGAUUAUGUAAAGUGGAUACUGUACCAUCAUGAACAUGUGUCCAAGGAAAGCAUGUAAUAAACUGCAAUAUUAGUG